GUAGAAGAAGAAUGUAACGUUGGGAAAAAAGCUACAGUACUAUCGCCGCGUCAGAUGAUUAGCUAAUAGUAAAAACACUGUUAAAAGACUGACGGUCCACCUCUCUUUUCAGCAUUAAGUCGUAAGUCGGCCGUUAUGUAUAUUGGUCCGUUAUUUACAUUUUGAAGCCUCUCUCGCUGCGCUGAUAAUGCUGAAAAUGAAGCUACCGAUGAAAACGGGCGAGGAAGGAGGCGACGAAACUGCCGAAGACGAUUCAUUGGAUCUAUCGGAGCACCAACAUAUUCCCAGGGCGGUACCUCCGUCUUCGGUGUCCGACCGUCUGGAUGAGUCGCCCAGACCUAGUGUGUAUCCAUUCCAGCUGGACAAGGAGACUGUUUUUGAGUGGUUUGGCCUACAUCUAAAACCUGCUAAGCGGAUCGAGUUCAUGUGCGGACUGCUACAUAUGUGCCAACCCCUGGAGCUCCGCUAUUUGGGAUCUUACUUAGAGGAUCUUGCAAAGAAAGACUAUCAUGUUUUAAGAGACUUUGAGUUUCGGGCUAACAGUCCAGGCGACUUGGGAGUUUUAACAGACGUUAUAGAUCCAGUCGUUAGGUCCAAACUCCUAGUAUGCCUGUCCCUCCUCGGGUCUGACAGCAGGGAAUGCGCUGGAAUACUCUUUCGGAUACUGAGCCAUGUAGAUCCGGCCCUGUUAUACAAAAAAUAUGACUACUCCCUUCCUCCUUUCACCGACCCUAACCAUCACUCGUUCCAUCCACCGUGUCAGGAUGGGAAUGUGUACGGGCGGUCAGAGGAGACCUGCGGAUUCUCCACUAAUGAAACAGCGGCAGGACUUCUGGAGCAGUUGGCGCUGCUUUUUGCCAUGGCGUCUCUCCAUCCAGCGUUCCACUUCCACCAACGGGAGAUCGUCCGGGACCAGCUUGACAAAAUAGAGCUCGCCAUUGCCGAGGAGGAGAGACGUCAAAGUCAGCUCAGAAUAAACUCCCAGAUAACGAAGCUGACGAGUCAGAAGGUGGAUUACCUGCCUUCCCCAGCACUGGGUUUGGGGGAUUGUACUGCUGCCCAUCCUCCCUGCCAGAGCCGUCGCUCCAGCCGCUGGGCAACACAAAGAGAAGCGGUGCAUAUCGAGGGAAUUGUGCUCAGGGGCAUCACUCGGACCAGAGUAGACAAGGAAUACAACUUUGAAGUCAAGUGGUCUGACUCUUCUUCUAGUAGUGUGACCAAAACCCAUCUGGAACUGGAGAAUUUCCUUCUCAAGCAGCUCCCUAAGGAUCAGAGUACUGAGUCUUUUGAGAAAAGCAUCCUGAGACUUCUGAGCCAGGGGGAGCGGAACGAGAGCAGAGAAGUAGAGAACAACCUCAGGGAAAAGUUCCUGUCUGCGCCUCCAGUCUUCAGACAGACCAGGAAGGUGUGCAGCUUCUUCAACUGUGACUCCAGUUACUCUACAAAACCUACCUGCUGCAGAUGUAACUGCCAGUUGGCUAAGGCCUACCAAGGAGACUGUUCUGAUGCCUCCAGUCAGGAGGAAGAUCUAGAAUUGUAUGCUCAGGGACACAAGAAAAAGCACGGGGCCAAAAGUCCAUGUCCAGGCGGCCGGGGCCCUCAAGGGGAUGGUUGGAGGGGGGGCCACGCUGCAGAGCUCAAUGGUCCAUCAGAGAGGAGGAAGAGCUGCACUCUGAGAAGCAGCCAGGACGCCGACCAGGACAGCGAGAAGAGAAGCCACCCAGUGACGAAAGCAAAGACCAGAGGCCUGCCCGCAGACAGGGAUAAGCUGAAGGGAAAAGGAGCUACCUUUGUAGCCAACGGUAGAUUGGUAGCAGCUCAGAGGAAAGGUGUGUAUGGAGGUUCUGGUCCAGAUACAUUCGGUGAAACAUCAUCAGAAAGUUACAGCUCUCCAUCCAGCCCUCAACGCCGAGGACCAGAGAGCCUGGAUAGUGAGGAUGACAACAUCAAAGAUGCAGGCAGCCACUCUGAUGACUCUAGCAAAGGGCCGGGCCCUGACAUGUUCUUCACCCUCCAGACCGAUCCCUCUGUGGGUGGGGAGCUCUCCUCUGUCCACCCUCUGUCUUCCAACAACCACCAGGCCCAGGCAGGGCCCCUCUGCCCAGAGACCAGCACAGAGAUCCCCCCUUUCUCCUUCAUGCGUUCCCUGCCCUAUGUGAUCCCUAAUGGAGCUGCUGACUCUGCACAGCCACUGGCCCCUCUUCCUCCCAGCCAAAGCAUCGUCCCUGAUGUGAUUCCCACGUCUGGGACUGUGAUGAUGCCCCUAGUGCCUCAAGCUGUUCUAGGCCCUGGGAUUGUAGGAGACCCAGAGAAGAGGGACGUGCUCCCAACCUUUGGGAUCACCCCUAUUGGCCUCCACCCUUCAGGAGGUCCUGCUCUGCAACCUCUGGUCCAGAGGUUCAAAACAGCUAUGCUUCCCAGCCAUGGUGCCACGGAUGGAGCUACAGGGAGUUGUUCUACUCCUGCUGCCCCACUUGCUUCACACCAGGCUCCUAUAAGAGCCAUUAGAGUCAUGUCUCCUGGCCCAACAUCCUUUGCCUCCCCUCUGCAGCAGCCUCUGCUCUGCCAAGACCCGGCCGGUGUCAGCCCCGGCCUGGCCUCCACUCUGACACAUGUGGACACUUCACAUGCCAAGCUCCCCGGCUUAACCUUACCUUCUGGCCUGCCUUCUCCCUACACCCUGCCCCCUGUCCCCACCUCUGUCAUGCCUACCGCACCUGCAGCCCCUGGAAUAGCUCCAUCCUCUGGACACAUACAAGCUGUUCCUCCAGCUGUGCCCACCCACACCCCUGGGCCCGCUCUGAGUCCCAGCCCAGCGCUCACUCUCAGCAUGGCUCACAGCGACAGUACAUCCUACAGCUACAACAGUGCUUCCUGUGGGAGUGCCUCUGUUACCCCUGGAAACCCCAUUACUCUUCAGCACGCCCAGCAGCAACAGUUGCCCCCCCAUCAACCAUCCCCCCCUCAACAGCAGCAGCAACAACAACAGCAGCAGCAACAACAACAGCAGCACCAACAACAACAGCAGCACCAACAACAACAACAGCAACAACAACAUCAGCAACAACAACAUCAACAUCAACAUCAACAGCAGCAGCAGCAUGCAAUGGGCUGUGGGACCUGUGGCUGUCACAACAACUGCGGUAGCCGAGGCAGCCUCAGUAACAACAACAGUGUCACUAUGCCCCCUGGUUGCCAAGCACCCCUAUUCUUCCCCCACCAGAUGGCGGCAGCACGACAGGUGUUCAGCGUCCCAUCACCUGUCUUUCAGCUCACAAGCCUGUGCAGCAACAGUUACCUCACCCAGGCCCAGCCCCCCCACCAAGCAAACGGUGCCACCCCCCUGCCCCCCUUCUUCUCCACCGCUCCACCUCCUGCACACCCGUCCCCAUACGGUCCCUUGCACACUCACUCCCACAGCCACGCAGACGUGCCAUCACACAUGCUGGGCACCGCCGCUGCUGCAAACUACAACCUCCAACAGCAGAUGGCUCCAACAGCAGCUUUUUUCCAGCGUUUAUACCAGCACAUGUACCCAAAUCCCCUGGGGAUGCUGCCUGCUACAGCGCUGGGCGGAGGUGGAGUCAAUAAGAAAAGCGGCAGUGUGUCCUGUUAUAACUGUGGUGUGAGUGGCCACUACGCUCAGGACUGCAACCAGCCCUCCAUAGACUCCACACAGCAAGGUGGCUUCCGGUUAAAGUAUGCAGCCUCCCACAUUUCAGAAGCACUUGACAAUGCCGACUGAAGAGAAAGGAUAAUGAAGAGUUCCUCUGGUCUCUGGUGUCCACAGUGACGGCUGCUGUUCUUCUCCAAGCACUGUGUGAGCAGCACUGAAGCCUCUCGUACAUUAGGAUACAAAAAAAAACAUUUAAAAAAGAAGGUGACCUGCAAGGGCUCAGCGGACAAAGCCUAAGUACUUGUGCCUGAGAGAACCUUGUUCCCAUAGAGAUGAUCAGUUUCUCGUGCACAGUAACGGUCCCUUACCUUUUUAAGUUUUUUAAAAUAUUUUUUGCACUGAUGGUUGGAAACAAUUAACUUAUUACUUAAUUUCUAGGAAGAUGUUUUUGUUUGUUUUUACAUUCAAGUGGAGACUAGUCUCAACUGAAAAAAAGUUAUUAUACACUUAUUUCUAAAAAAGUAACAUUUAAGCUUUGUCCUCAUUAUUACUGUCCGUCUAGGAUGUUCUUGUCCGGACAGAAUUGUUCAGCAUUGUUGAAAAAUUAAAUCAAAAAAUAAUUUUAGCAAAAAAGGAUUUUAUGUUUCUCAUUUUCAACUUUGCUGUUUCUGAAUGUACUUAUUUUUCUGGACUGUCAGUGUAUGGAUCUCAUGCAUUUUUUGCCACUUGAUAUGUUGUGGUUAGAAGGAAAUAGCUGCUUUUUAAUGUUGUUUUUUUUCGUUAAACUUGUUUUACUCGGUGAAAUGCACUAUUGCUGCGCAGGAACACAACUGCACUAAAUAGUCGGCAACACAACUAAGCAGAUUUUAGAAUCUAUUUAUUUUCACUUUCUGAAUUUAAAGGAAAUGACAAAAGAGUCUAAAUACAAUAGAGAAGACAAUUAUUCUACCCUGAUCCAGUUGAGUAAAGACGUCUUUGCAAGACACUUAAUAUCUACCUGUACUUUUUUUUUUUUUGUAGUGUUGGGUCUCUAAUGUUCUCUAGAGGAUUUAUAUAUAAGCUUACAUUGUUUAAAUGUAGGACAAAUAAGUACAUACAUGUCAUCUGUUUCUUUUAUUCAGUCUUCAGAGUGUAAUUCCGCAGACAGUGAGUGGAACCAUUGUCAAACUGUUCAUUUAUAAUGGGUAGAUGGACAAAAAAUGAAAUUCUAGUUGUAUAGACUAAAAAAUGUAUGCUUUUAUAUAUAGAAAUAACAAGCACCACUUUCCUGCCCUGUUGGUAACUGAAUACAAUUUGUUUGUAUUUGUAUGACAGAUUGCUUCUUUAAGAGUUAAUGGCACACAGCUAGUUCCAUUCUAAGCCUAUUUAAGAGCGGAAUGUAAUCGUUAACUAGCUAAAACUGAGGGGGCAAUACCUGACUUUUUCUAUAUAUCUUUUAAUUAAUUGUAUUUUCUUCUUUUUACACAACUGUUGUCAACUAACCCAAGAUGUCAGACAAACCUGGUGACAUUUGACAACUGAAAACGGCAGUCAGCUAAGCCACCUUUACUGUAAUGCUAAUUUGAGUUGAAGCUCUUUAACCCUUUCAGGUCUUUGAAGGUUUUCAAAAAGUGUUUUGGGAAACAUUUAAGAAAAAUGAAUUGAGGCAGGAUGUAAGAAUAUGUCCAAGUGUGCACAGUAAUAAACAAUAAAUUGAACAUAGUUCUUGAAGUAA